AUGUCAUCAUCCGACGUCGUUAUCCCUGGUGUGUUUACGGCAUCUCAACGAGAGGCAUUGCGCACAUGGUGGAAAAAGGUCACUGCAACAUAUCCAAAAGCGAGUAGUUUCAAAACUAUGGAAGUCCCAGUAGUUGGCAAAGGGGUCUUUGGUGUUCCGCUGGCGGAAUCGAUCCAGUAUGCACAUGCCACCAUAUCCUACAUUGAUGAUCGCACCAGCAAGCAGUGCUUUGGUAGAAUCCCUAUUGUCGUCGCAAAAUGUGGUUCGUUUCUAAAGGAAGAAGCACUCACCGUCAAAGGGAUCUUCCGAUUAUGUGGCAACGUCAAGAGGAUUGGAUUAUUGCAAAGCAUCUUUGAUGCGCCGGAUCAAGGUUAUGGUGUAAGGCUUGAUUGGCGUGGCUAUACCUCCUAUGACGCAGCUGGUGUACUGCGACGUUUUCUCACAUGUUUACCCGAGCCUGUUAUUACACACGACCUCUAUCAAAGCUUCAGAGAAACCAUCAAGAAACCCUUCCCGACCGAAGAUGCUAAAAUUGAAGCAUUUCAAUGCCUAAUUGAGUCAUUACCUCUUCCCAACCAAUAUCUGCUCUUGUAUCUACUUGAUUUGCUGGGACUUUUUGCGCUACACAAGGAGUCGACGCUUAUGGAUAUUCCUUCUUUGGCGGUUAUCUUUACACCGGGUGUCCUUUGUCAUCCUCGUGAUAAUAUGGAUCCCGCAAGUUACAAGGAAUCCCAAUUUGUGAUUCAGUUCUUGGUGGAAAAUCAAGCAAGGUUUGCCAUGCCACAAGCUCGACAAGUACAACAUCCCGCCCACACCCGACCCAACAAGGAUGACGACAUUUCUACACACCAGCCGAAGGAUAAAGGUCAUCAUCCACCUAUCCCCGCAGCGCGGAAAGAACAACCAAAGCCGAUUUGUGAUCUAUCAUCAUUCUCAACAAUUGUACCGUGCGAGGAACCCUUACAUGUCCCGACCGUAAGAUUACGCCGCUCAAGAACAGCCCCGAGUCGAAGACGAAAGUAUGGUGAACAUGAGCCACCUCAGGUGGUGCACGUUAAUCGUUAUGCUAGCCAAGGUGCAAGUGCACACAGCAAGUGGAGAGAACGAUGCAUGAACAAACAACAACAACAACAACAAUUGAAGGAAUGA